AUCAAUUGAAGAAUCGUAAAACUUUUUUUUUUUCAUUUCAAUGAAAAAUUACUAUAAUACUACAAGUAUACAAAAACAGCAACAAAACGAUCGGCCUAGUUUAAGGCUUAAUGUUAAUGUUGAUUCAUCAUUGAAUCGACGAUCCAAAUCAUCAUCAUCAUCACCAUUAACGGCAACAAGAUCAAAUUAUUCACCAUUUUUUAGUCUAAAUUAUAAUGCUGAAAGAUUAUUUCCUUUGAGAAAAAAGAUUUAUAUUGGAAAAAUAAAACAUAUCCACAACAGAACUAGUGAUGAUGACGAUUAUUAUGAUGAUGAUGAUGAUUAUCCUGAACAUUUCAAAUGGAUUGAUUAUGGUAAUAUGAAACCAAAACAGAUUGAAGCAAUUAAAUCGUUUUGUUGUAAUCAAUCAAUUCUGUUUAUUUUAGCAUUAAUUAUUUACGCAUUAUGGCAUUCAGUAUUCUAUAAAAAUCUCAAUGAUUUAGAUCGACAAACAAUUGAAUUUUGGUUUACGGAUUUUAAUGAAAUUCAAACAAAAAAUUUGAUUGAACAAUUUAAACAUCAACGACGUCUUUCUAAUGAUAAAAUUGAAUUGUUUGAUUCAUGGAUCAUAAUGAUCGUACUGUUUAGUAGUAUGAUUUUCAUAUUCGGAAUGGUUGCAAUGUGCUAUCGGAGCCAUAAUAAUACCAGAGCGAUGAAAAUCUAUCGAUGGAUUGUUAUACCAAUGUUGAUUAUAAUAAUCAUUGCAUUACUUGUAUUCACAAUGUUUCUAUUUAAAUUUUGGAUUCGUUUUGCUAAUGGAUCUUCCAUAAGAUUCAUUUAUGAUCAUUAUAAUGAUCAUGAUAAUCAUCGAUGGCUAAUGAUUUAUGUUCAUCAUACAAAUCAAUGGCUCAAUUGUUGUGAUUGGUUUUAUCUGUUACAUCAACAAGUUUCUCACAACAACAACAACAACAACAACAAACAACAUACAACAUGGACAUUCAAUGAAUGA